CAGUGAGACCUCCUCUUGCACAUAUGUGCUCUCGCAUUUCAGUUCCUCUCUGUAGCAGUAGUUGGGGCGUGUUGACGGACCCUCGGGCCAGCUGAGUGUUGAGCAACUCACGGAACCGAUUGUACCACCUACUCUUCAAAGGGCUGUUGCCUUACGUUGACAGAAGAUGUUCUUUGUCAAAGGACUUAUCAGCGGCGUCAUUGAUGCUGUCAGCAACAUGGACCAGAUUUUGCCCUCUGACCCUCCUCCACCGCGCAGGCCAGCUGUGUUUGCAGAGCAGCAUGAGAGUGAGGAGGAGAGACAGUUCCGCCGAGUCUUCCAGCAACUUGCUGGAGAAGACAUGGAAGUGAGCCCAUCUGAGCUGAUGAACAUCCUAAACAGAAUCAUUUCGAAGCAUGGAGACCUAAAGACAGAUGGAUUCAGCAUUGAGUCUUGUAGGAGCAUGGUGGCAGUCAUGGAUAGUGACAGCACUGGAAAACUUGGCUUUCACGAAUUUAAACACCUCUGGAACAAUGUAAAGAAAUGGCAGGCAAUGUAUAAAUCCUAUGACACAGAUGGCUCUGGUGUCAUUGGUGCAGAUGAGUUGCCUAAUGCUUUCAGAGCUGCUGGCUUCCCCCUCAAUGACCAGCUGUUCAACAUGAUAAUUCGCAGAUACAGCGAUGAAAAUGGCAAUAUGGAUUUUGACAAUUACAUUGGCUGCCUUGUGAGGCUGGAUGCCAUGUGCCGUGCCUUUAAAACCCUGGAUAAGGAUAACAAUGGGACUAUCAAAGUCAACAUUCAGGAGUGGCUUCAGUUGACCAUGUACUCAUGAGUUCAGAUGAUGCCUCCCCUGCUUGUUAAAAGGAACCACUUUGUUUGUUUACACAGUACACAAUAUUUUCUCAACCUUCGCUACAACUUCCUGUCAUUCAGCAAAUACCCUCUGUGUGCAGGCUUAUUAUGAAUGUUAAUACAAUGCAAGUGUUGUGGGAUUGUUCACGGUUCCAUUAUACUUACAAGACAAUUAUAAGUAAUCACGAAAAGCCCCAACUUGCCCUCACAAUGGUGCCCAUAUCUAAGGAUCAAAACAUGACUGAAGUGCAUUAAGAUGAUAGUAGGUUGGUGCAUUUGGUCCGCUAGUUUGGCAUUUGUUUUUAAUCUUCCUCAGGCCUGAAAGAAGGCAGGCCAACAUCAACAUGUUUCAUGUUUCCAAAUGGGAAAGCAGUAAGGUCCCGGUCUUAUGUGGCUGGGGCUGAUUUCACAAAGAUUGUCGGUCAGAGGAAUCUGCAGAGAGACCAAUUUUAGUUUUGCUCUGAAACUUUUAAUACUAAAAUGCUGAUGUUGGACAAUAAGUAAAUAAAGACUCAACACCUUCUGACAACUCUGUUAUACCUGCAGGCAAAAACAGGAAAGCCUACCUCACUCCUGUAAAAAAUCUUACACACAUUUUCUUUUGGAGUGAUUACAGGUUGACGGUGUGAAGUUGUAGCUUGGUUGAUCAUGUUUCUUCAGUUGAAUGGCCACCUGAACAGUUGUGUUCACGUAUUUUGCCCAGUUGUAUCCUCAGAACUGUGUGGAUGUGUAUAGAUGGCUGGAUUGACAUCUCCAUCUCUUUGCUGUUAUUUCUGCUGAACAUUAAGCAUUCAUAUCAGCAAAUGGACUUUAAUGACCUUGCAAAUUCUCAGAAACAUUCCACCCAACUCUGAUCUGAGCAGAGGAUUUACUUACCUUUUGUUAGGAUGUGUAGGACCUUGAAGAGAGUUUAACUAUGAACCCAUUUUAGAACGUUAUGUUAUGCUCAUUGGGUAAAUGCUCAGGUGAACAGGUUGAUGUUGGGUGAAGCUAUUCUGAGAAUUACUUGAGGUCAACAAGUCACCUUUACUCAUAAGAAUCAUGAGGGUAUGACAUUUCCCACCCUAACAGGUGCACCAGACUAACAGGAGUGUUGGGGAAAUGGCUGUCAGUCAGUCUGCACACACUAUGCAGCCCCGAGAAGAGGUCUAAUUUGGUUAACACAGGCAGAGGUAUGGGUGGACCAUUGCAGAGACUUUCAGACAGCUUUGUAUAUCUACAGUUUUACUUUUGUUAGACCACAGUCAUAUUCAGUUUUUUUGUGAAACCAACCUCAGGCCCACUGACGGAGAUUCUUGUUCACUAAAAUAAACAAAGAAAUAAAAUGGCGUUACACAGCUCAGCAUUUUGUUAAAAGGCUAAUAAAAAGUAAGGCAGAUGUUUAAAUUAUGGUUCACUUGCACCUCAGCUGAUUGCAUGCAUGGUUUUUGCAUCACAGUUGCACUGUUUAUGCAGUGGUCAGGAAUCCCAGUGCUUUCUCCUCUGUAACAGUAAUUUACAUGAACGUCCUAAGAAACAGUUUUAUAUUUUAUAUAAUCUAAUAUUUUGCCAUUUAACGUUCAGUGCUGGUAAUGCAACUUUGCCAUAACAUUCUCUAUGUUUCACCUUAAUGAUCAGUUUACUUAUCACUGUGUACUUCUUCAAAAUGCCAGCACAAUGUGUAAAUUGAUAAUAUAUGAACUAUGUGAAUGCCACUAAUGCAUGCAGUAAAUAAUAAAGAUGCCAUCAUUAAGUGUUUUUAACCAUGUUGUUAUGGCCACAGUCAUCAGUGUGUUACUGAAAAUGCUAGGUAAAAAAAAUACCUGUGCCAUAUUUGGAAUAAAAGGAUAUGUUAA